ACAAUGAGUUCGCCUUCAACGAAACUGACAAGCUCAUUAGCGCCGCCGCUGCCGCCGCACCAUCAGCCAGAAGUGACAACACCCUUGUACUUCACUGGACCGAAAAUUUGGAAGACGGCCUACGAGGAGACGGUGCACAAUACGAACAUAGGUCCACACAUACUAGACCCUGGCCCUGUCGUCGAGAAUGUUACCGCUCUCUUAGGCGUGCUCAACGAUACAUUGUUGGGUAACGUUUCCGGGCAAAGUAACUCGACGACAGCUGGCAGUGAAACGGUUCACACGCAUCUUGAAUUCAUUCUUAUCGUGUUCAUAGGCGCAUUCUUCUCAAUAAUUACGAUCGUGGGAAACCUUAUGGUGAUGAUUAGUUUCAAGAUGGAUAAACAGUUGCAGACAAUUUCCAACUACUUUCUGUUAAGCUUGGCCAUAGCAGACUUUUCGAUAGGGAUAAUUUCUAUGCCGCUAUCGACAUACUACAUGCUCUACAACUAUUGGUACUUGGGCCCAUUUAUCUGCGACACAUGGCUGGCAUGGGAUUACUUGACCAGCAACGCCUCAGUUCUCAAUCUAUUAAUCAUCUCAUUUGAUCGUUACUUCUCGGUCACGCGACCGUUAACGUAUCGUGCCCGAAGGACGACGCGACGAGCAGCGAUCAUGAUCGCUUCAGCGUGGGUCAUAUCACUUUUACUAUGGCCUCCAUGGAUCUACGCCUGGCCGUACAUAGAGGGCAAACGGUCAGUGCCCGAAGGCCAAUGUUAUAUCCAGUUUCUUGAGACGAACAUCUAUGUCACAUUCGGCACAGCGAUUGCAGCAUUUUAUGUGCCCGUCUGUAUCAUGUGCAUACUAUACUGGAGGAUCUGGCAGGAGACGGAGAAACGUCAGCGGGACCUGACGCACUUACAAGCGGGGAAAAAGCUUCCCUCGUCGAGUGGUAGUCGGAAAUCCCUUGCAAAUCAUGCCAGUAACGAGAAUCCAGGUGAGGGCAAUGCCGGCAACGCCGGUAGUGACUCGCAGCCAUUAGAAAAUCGGGGGGUUAGUACGCUCUGCCUUGAGACUGGUCGCUACCUUCCACCGCCACAAUCUGCAGACUCCGUCGCGCCCGCGAAUUUCAAAUCGAGUACCCAGACGUCGCGCAGUGCCCAGCGUAGGGGUCUCGGAGACGUGCUAUUCUCGUGGUGCCGCAGUGAACGGCUUCAUGAUGACGACUCGUGCUCGAGUCACGGCUCACCCAACGCCCAGACGCCGACCUCGGCCGAGACGCCGAUUAGAGCCGAUAGCAUGCAGUAUAGGCCUCUGCAGAACAUUCCGCUAGCCGAUCGGCCACAUCAAACAUCAACGCGGUCAUUUUCUAGUGAUUCCGUGUACACUAUCCUAAUACGACUACCCACACAGACGAGUGUCGAACUGGACGGUGAGAUGUCGCAGGCCUCGAUCCGAAUGAUCCUUGAAGAGGACGGACCUCCGCCGUGCCAGCCCGCUAAGCCCAUUCCCCGCAGUAAAUCGGCGUCCGCCAGCGAUCGCAAUGCAGGGAUCGGUACGGGACCAGGUUCCGCCCCAUCCCGAGAGCCUCUUUUACUCAAUACAAAAUUAGUCGCUCAGCAAGGUAAUAAGCGAGUGCCCAAGAAGAAACGAAAACAUCAAGAACGCAAGCAAGAACGAAAAGCAGCCAAGACGCUAUCGGCGAUUCUAUUCGCGUUCAUCGUCACGUGGACGCCAUACAAUGUGCUCGUCUUAAUCAAGACGUUAAGCCCAUGCGAGGACGAUAACGACUGCAUCCCGCAGGGCCUGUGGAAUUUCGCCUAUUGCCUAUGCUAUAUCAAUAGCACGGUGAAUCCAUUAUGUUACGCACUCUGCAAUGCUAACUUCCGCAAGACCUACGUUCGUAUACUUACCUGUAAGUGGACUUCGAAGAGACAGCGUCACCGGGGUUACUUCAGCUGAGUGAGCGUUUAGGAGGAUGUCCCGGAACGUGUUUGUUUCUUCUGAAGUCUAAACGGUGAACUAAAUCAAAUAGGCCGACAAUAAUGAAUAAGAAAUUACUUCAUAUGAGAUGAAUAGGGCCUUUAUAUGAAAAUUCCACGUAAAAAGGACAACAAGGCUUAAAUAAUUGUAGUAGAAGGAAUGGAGGAAAAUAAGUAAGAAGUUUGAAAGAAGGAAGCAAAGGAAACCAACCAGCCAAAUCGAUCACCACCGGGUACCCGCGCAACCCGGACGGUGUUCGCCAUUACACUAGACAUCAACUCAUUGCUCAAUCAAGUGGACGACAGGAGUUAUUGAUUAGGGGCUCUUGAUAGACCCUCAGAUACACGCACACCCAGAAACACGGACACUAUACACAAACAAUGCAUAUUAAAGUAUAGCAGAUAUGUGCACCACGUAACACAAAUACGCUACAAGCACAGACAACCUAUAAACAGAGAUGAGAUGUGUACCGUGUAAUACAUGCUAAUGGGUUACAUUGACAUUCCAAAUCUUCAGAUAGCCCUAUCUGAACAACAGAUCACAGACUUUGACUAAUUUUCUGGCAUGCUUAUAGUAUCGUUGGUUAGUUUUUCAUCUAAGUGCUACGAUAGCUAUAUUUUAUUAACUGCCAUCCUUCUCCACAUGUAUAGAAAAAUAUGAAACCCGCGAAUUCUCCGUGUGACACAGACUAUAAAUGCUUAUGCAAUCGUUGAUUCCCGAUUUAUCUGAUAAACCCCUUACGAAAGUUUCAGAAUUUAACGUAGUCAAGGGUCGCUUAUGUGGAUUAGCGCACCCUGUUCUGCCGUUGUAGUCAUUUUUGUACUAGGCGAAGAUGGAGACGUCGUCUCUAAAUCUCAUAUCUCGUUACGCAGAGAUAUUUUCCUAGCAUGCUGCCGCGCCCACUUCCCCACAGCCUAUUCAACCAACAUGAUGUUGAUUUGCGCGGGCCGGCUAGGCUCUCGUGUGAAUAGCAUGUAUCCAUUACGAUAGUAUAUUUGUGCGUACGAGUCCACGGAAAUCAACUUUCUUCGUUCUUUCCUUCCCAUGGCAGAUGAGCUAUGUCUGGGUCAAGUUGGGCGCCAAAACCUGGUUCCUUUACUCUCACCCUUUUUUGGUAUCGUCUUUCAAAAGCCGCUGCUAUCUCGACACCCACCUUACGCAUUGAAUCCUACUCUCCUCACCGUAGUAUUUCCGGCUGCACAUAUCCCACACAGCGGCCUUCCUGCUCCCGUUUCGUCCGCGGGGUCUUACUUCUCUAUCGCGAGUUUCACACUUACACGUUUACUUUUCCUCGCGAUUCUACCUUCCAUAAGCGUAUGUGCUAGUGGAAACGCCACUCGAUGUGUCGGAGGGAUGCUCGAUCGCUUAGGAGUUACGGUGCCCGCUCAAUUCGAGAUAACUGCGAAAUAAUGAUACUGCAUUGGCGACGCUGUUGGGCGAUGUGUGCAAAGAUCGCAGAUGUUGACACCUUUCUCCAAGUCAUUUCUUUUUUCUCAGAGACGCCCGUCAGCCGCAGUAAUGAGAAACACCGCUUUCGACGUCUUUCCUCGCAAAAAUACACACAAGUCGGCCAAGCAGUUUUUCAACCACACUCUAGUUUUAUAGCCAAGACGCAUGCGCCAUUACAAAUACCCAGCACGUAUAGUCAGAUGAUGAUUUGGAUGGAAUACAUUUGAACGCGACACGAGCAAUGAAACCGAGGCCGCUGCAGCGACCGACCCAAGCCGCGUUGUUUUUUUGAAUAGCUCGUUCAUUUUCAUUGCAGCCCCUGCAGGUGUCACUAACGUUAUUGCUAGCGACGCCGUAACGACAACAGACUAGUCGUUCCAUUGUUGACUGCAGCUCUGCUAAUCUCGUGGCGCCAUACUCCUAUUUAUGAUACUGCAAGGGCUGUAACAUCAGAUCAGCCUAAAGCUCGUACACAGAAAACGGCACAGAAUCUCACGGCUUGAUAGUUUGUAAAGCUUUCGCCGACAGCAGACAAUAGGGGAACACCUUUGGCCAGACUGAGUGUG